UUCCCUCUGAAGCCGCCGCUUCACUUUCUCCUCCGCUGCAUCCCGAUCUUUUCUCCAUCCACCUUCCCCCUUCUCUGCUGCAUGCAGCGGAUCGGGCUGGAGACAGGAGCUGAGAGUUCAAGCCGCACUGCCGAACCAACACCAGGAAUUCCUAAAGCCUGUCACGACUACUUGCGCCAAGUGGACGCACUUCUUUUGACAAAAACAUAUUUUUGUGCAGCUUCAAAAACAAUGCAAUAUUGGCGACUGAAGUCCGUGGGAAAUUAACAAAGUUGUUGGAGCUAGAGCCUCUUACUUUGUCUGUACAUUUGCUUUAACUUCUAAUAUUUUUUGCUGCUUCCCCCUAAAUUUUCUCCGCUCCGCGCAGUCGCCACCGCUGCCUCCAAGGUGAGAGAUGGAUCUCCUCUUGUUCCCUCAGCCGGCAGUUCUCUACAACCCGGGCCAAAUGUAAGGACCAGGACCAGCGGAUCGGUGCUUGUGGAGGAUCCAGCCGCACUCUCUCUGACCCCGUUACCUCUCGGCUAGAAGUACCUGAUAAAGCCGGGGAUAGAUGUAGCAGCAGACAUGAGUUUUGGAAACAGAUUUUUCCUCGUUUCACUCUUUCUUGGAAUUUUUCUCUCUCGCUACAGCCAUUGCAACCAAGUUGUGCUGCUGGAUACAACGUCUGUACUUGGAGAGCUGGGAUGGAAGACUUAUCCUAUAAAUGGGUGGGACGCCAUCACCGAAAUGGAUGAGCACAACCGGCCCAUCCAUACUUUCCAGGUUUGCAAUGUGAUGGAGCCCAACCAGAACAACUGGCUUCGUUCCAACUGGAUAUCUCGACAAGCAGCCCAGAAGAUCUAUGUGGAGCUUCGCUUCACCCUGCGAGACUGCAACUCCAUUCCUUGGGUGUCUGGCACCUGUAAGGAGACCUUUAACCUCUUCUACCAUGAGAUUGAUGAGGCUCAUGGUGUCAAAUUUAAGCCUGCCCAGUACACAAAGAUUGACACUAUUGCUGCAGAUGAGAGCUUCACCCAGAUGGAUCUGGGAGAUCGUAUCCUCAAGCUCAACACCGAGGUGCGAGAGGUGGGGCCCAUGACCAGGAAGGGCUUCUAUUUGGCAUUCCAGGACAUCGGUGCCUGCAUUGCCUUGGUUUCAGUGAGGGUUUACUAUAAGAAAUGUCCAUUCACAUUGAGGAACCUGGCCUCGUUUCCAGACACAGUUCCUCGUGUUGACUCUUCCUCAUUGGUAGAGGUAAGGGGGGCGUGUAUCGACCAUGCUGAAGAAAGAGACACACCAAAACUGUUCUGUGGAGCUGAUGGAGACUGGUUGGUUCCCCUGGGAAAAUGUGUCUGCAGCGUUGGAUAUGAGGAGAUUGAUGGAUCAUGUAGUGCAUGCCACCCGGGCUUCUACAAGGCAUAUGCUGGAAACAUCAAGUGUUCAAAGUGCCCUCCACACAGUUUCAGCUAUGGAGAAGGAGCCUCUAUCUGUCGCUGUGAGAAUGGCUUCUUCAGAGCAGAGAAAGAUCCUCCGACUAUGGCUUGUACACGCCCCCCAUCUUCUCCUCGUAACCUGAUGUUCAACCUGAACGACACCUGUCUGUUGCUGGAGUGGUCACCUCCAAGUGACACAGGGGGUCGCAGGGAUCUCACCUACAACGUCCUGUGCAGACGCUGUGGCCCAGAGCCGGGCCAGUGCCAGCUCUGUGGGGAGGACCUUCGUUUCCUACCAAGACCACAAGGUCUGACCAACGCCACUGUCACUGUCAUGGACUUCUCUGCACACGCCAACUACACCUUUGAGAUCGAGUCGCUCAACGGUGUGUCGGACAUGAGCUCCUUCCCUCCCCAAGUUGCCGCCAUCACCGUCAGCACUGAUCAGGGUGGUCCAUCUCUGGUUGGGACUCUGAAGAAGGACUGGGCCUCUCCAAACAGCAUCGCUCUCUCCUGGCAGCAACCAGAACAAACAUCCCUUCCCAUCCUUGACUAUGAGAUUAAAUAUUAUGAGAAGGAACACGAGCAGCUGAGCUACUCGUCUACGCGCACCAGAGCCCCCAGUGUGAUAAUCUCGGGUUUAAAACCAGCGACGUGGUACGUCUUCAGUGUUCGCACCCGCACGCCAGCUGGAUACAGUUCCUACUCCCCGAAAUAUGAAUAUGAAACCACGGGGGAUUCAUCACACAUCGCUUCAGACCAAGGCCAGGUGUUGGUCAUCGUCACUGCAGCCGUUGGUGGAUUCACCCUCCUCGUCAUCCUCACCCUCUUCCUGCUGAUCACGGGAAGGUGUCAGUGGUACUUUAAGGCCAAGAUGACUUCAGAAGAGAAAAGGAGGACCAGUUAUCAGAAUGGACAUGUUCCCUUCCCAGGAAUAAAGACGUAUGUCGACCCUGACACAUAUGAAGACCCCACGCAGGCUGUCCAUGAGUUCACCAAGGAGAUCGACCCGUCCAGGAUCCGCAUCGAGAGGGUGAUCGGAGCUGGUGAGUUUGGCGAGGUGUGCAGCGGACGCCUGAGAACCCCGGGGAAGAAGGAGAUUGCUGUGGCAAUAAAGACACUGAAAGGAGGCUAUGUGGAGCGCCAGAGGCGGGACUUCCUGCGGGAGGCGUCAAUCAUGGGACAGUUCGACCACCCUAACAUCAUCCGGUUGGAGGGAGUAGUCACAAAAAGUCGGCCUGUGAUGAUUGUGGUGGAGUACAUGGAAAAUGGAUCAUUGGACUCAUUCCUGAGGCAACAUGACGGUCACUUCACUGUCAUCCAGUUGGUGGGCAUGCUGCGUGGUAUUGCUUCAGGCAUGAAGUAUCUGUCAGACAUGGGCUACGUUCAUAGAGAUCUGGCAGCUCGGAACAUCCUGGUCAACAGCAACCUGGUGUGUAAAGUGUCAGACUUCGGCCUGUCGCGAGUCCUGGAGGACGACCCGGAGGCUGCUUACACCACAACGGGUGGUAAGAUCCCCAUCCGAUGGACUGCUCCUGAGGCCAUCUCGUACAGGAAAUUCUCCUCUGCAAGUGACGCGUGGAGUUAUGGCAUAGUCAUGUGGGAAGUGAUGUCAUAUGGGGAGCGGCCAUAUUGGGAAAUGUCUAAUCAGGAUGUGAUUCUAUCCAUUGAAGAGGGCUACCGGCUGCCUGCUCCAAUGGGCUGCCCCGUUGCCCUGCACCAGCUGAUGCUGCACUGCUGGCAGAAGGAGAGAAGUCAGCGGCCCAAAUUCACCGAUGUGGUUUCCUUCUUGGAUAAACUGAUCCGCAACCCUAGCAGUCUGCUGCCCCUGGUAGAAGACAUUCAGAGUUUACCAGAGUCUCCGGGGGAGGAAAUGGACUACCCAAUGUUCAUCUCCAUCGGCGAUUGGCUGGACUCCAUUAAGAUGAGCCAGUACAAGAGCAAUUUCAUGGCAGCAGGCUACAACACAAUAGACUCAGUGGCAGGGAUGAGUAUCGAAGAUGUGAGGAGUAUUGGGGUGGAGCUGAUCGGCCACCAGAGGCGGAUCAUCAGCAGCGUACAAACCCUCCGCCUUCAGCUACUGCACGAACAGGAAAAGGGUUUCCAUGUAUGAGGACCACCUUUAACACAGCCUUGGAUGGACAGAUAGAUGGACCAGAGGGAAGUGAAGUCUAGACCUUUGGACAGACAGUCUCCAGCCUGUGCCUGUGUCUUAACUCCUCAUGCAAGAGGUCAUCAGACUGACUACCACAGCAGACUGCCCCCUGGUCUUCCUCACAUCCAGAUGUUUUCCUACUAUACACCCCAAACCCGAAAUAUUUGGUCCUGCCAGACUAUUACAGACUCAAAAGACUGGCUAAGGCCCUUACUUAGGGGAAUGUAAUGCCUUGUUGCAGCAGCAGUACUUUGUGUAUGAAGCAACAAUAUCUAGAGAUGUAGAUUUGCAAACAUAAUCUACUAAAUCUUUUGACUUUUUUUUGUUCUGCUCUUAGUUAUGUGCUCAUGUAGCUGCUAACGGGUGUGCAAUUGAAAAGUUUGAUAAAAAGUAUCCUCAGUAUUUAUUAUCUUAUGUUUUUAUAAUUCAUCAUGAAGAUAUUAUUUGCAUUGCUUACAUUUACACUCUCUCCAGAGAAUCUGGUAUGCGUAUACUUGAAGGAAGAAGUGAGAAGAGCUUUUCUGAAUGUUUAAAAGUGUAUAGACAAUUAAUGGCUAAUUAUUAUCAUAACCCUAUAUCUAUAAAUGUGCAGUCCUGUAUGUGAAAGCCCUAGUAAAUUGGAUCUCGUUUAAAAUGAUUUAUAUAUAUUUAUAUAAGAUUUCUAUCCAAAAUCAGCAAUACAGAAUUAUGCAGUCACCUCAGUAUUUCGGAUAGAGAUAGACAAGAAGGGUCGUGCAAUGACAGAACUUUAGCUGACAUUUUAACCUUAGGUUCUCAGAAAUAUCAUCCACCUGUUUUAUUGUCGGAUACUAAGCUUGCAGAUCUGGAUCUAUUGCCUUCAGAUGAACAACCAUACAAGUCUAUUUUGACAGUUUUGAGCAACCAGUGUACUCAUUGUUGUUUGAUAAGCCAGAUUUUUUUGGAUAGUGAAUGUUAUACAUUGCCUGAAAGUACACAAUCUCCACUGUCUUAACAUAUGAAUGUUCACAGAGUUUAGAAAUAGAUAGGAGAUGUUUGAAAUUGUCUGAAAACUUAACCUGGACUUGUAUGGUUUUUCAGAAUUAGCUGAUAUUGUUUGAUAUACAUUUCUUUUGUUUAGUUUUGCCUGUACACAUAAAUGCAAAGGCCGGUGUUUUUGCACUUGUGGGACAAAAACGAUUCGCGAUGUCAGCGCAGUAUAACUACUAGCACCUGGACAUUCUUCACAAAGUAAUUUUACUCCAGUCAUGCAGUCAUGUAAAGGUUGUGGACGUUAGGGAGAGAAGUGUACAUAAAAAUGGUGUGAAAUGAAAAGAUGAUGUCAAGUUGUCAGAUGUUUGCCAUUGAAAUCAAGUUUGUUUUUAUUCCAGUCUGUAAGUCAGUGGUGAUUAGGCAGUGCUGGAGGAUAUAACUAGUUAGUCGAGUUGGUGGAAGCAAAAGUAGCUUAAAACGUGCCAGUGGAAAACGGGGCUAAGGCUGUAAUCUUAGUUGCUUGUGGUCAGGACAAAGAGUCAGAUAGGAAAUGAACAUAAAACACGAACAGCAGCAUCAUAACUCAUAAUGUGUUAUUUUUACAUCUUCUUUCAUGUACACACACAC